GAGAACACUUAAUAUUUAAUGUCUCCACAACAAACUGAUAAGUCAUUGGUGCCCCCUUCGGCUUUGUGUUUCCACCUGGACACAUCAGGAAAACAAGGUAACAUUUAUUUCAUCUAUUAAAGUUCACAGCUAGUGUAAACUAUACUAUAAGUAUAUUGUAUUUGAACAGGAUUUGUUAAGAGCAACUGGCACAGAACUGCAAACUGCUUUAAACCUUUCUAUAUAUUUUAUAGAUGCGUAUUUGUAGUUUGUAUUGAUUCGUUUUGUAUUAAGAACUUUUUUCGUGAAGAUAUGAAGAUGCUUCAAUCUAGGAUAUCAAAUGUACCAUUUUUGGACGGAUCAAAAGACAUGUAUGGGACAAUGAACAAAGGCCACUUUAAAUUAAUUGACAACACAGCCAUGGUGAACAGAAUUACUGUAUAUCGUCCUGUUUCACCACAUUUCCAGUAUGGAGAGUCGAAAAAUCUGGAAAAGCUCCAGACAGAGACAGCGCUGUCCUUUCCUUCCCAUCCACCUGUAUCUCUCAUUAAGCCAAAGUUAACCCACCUGACGAUGCAGUGCACCAACUUUAAAAUGCCUUCUGGAGACAUGUGUGGAAACUUCGAGACCACUCACGCAGAUUUUAAGCCCAUGCCCAUGUCCGCAGCCCAACUAUGUCGACCCACCACCACAGGCUGGAUAAAUUUGCUGGAAGUUAAAAGUCCAAAGACGAUGUACAGUUCCUGCUAUACUAAACAUGAGGUGUCACCAAUCCUCAAAGCGAAGGAAACGACACAGACAGGCGUCGGCUCGACUUUAAGACAGGACAAAAUGGACAAGAACUGUAGCUCCAGUUACCAUGAGCAGUUCCGGUACAGACAGUGUCCUUCAAAUCCUCCUCUUCAAUCCAUAGAGAAGCAACGAAUUCAGUAUUCAUCUGUUGCAAUGGGAGACCGAGACAAGAUACUGAACAAUCAAACAACUUAUUCCACCUAUUUUAGACCAUCAGAUGACAACAGUACUCCAACAAAAACCUGCCUCCAACUUCUAGUGUGCAUUCAUCAUGCACAAUCAGAUCAUUGUGAUAUAUUGAUGAAGUAUUUAAAUUUUAUAGCUUAUUAUUUGUUUCUAACAGGCCCUAUUCACCUAGAGCACAGAAGCCCAACUCUCAGCUCUGUGUUUAAGGGAGAGCUUCUUAAUGCUAACCCAGAGAGACUGUCAACAACAAACCAGCAGUUUUUCCCAAAGAUGAAAAGCACGCAGUUCCCAGUGCAUGUGGAUGGAUCCAGUAUCAGGACUCUGAGUAACGUAGAAUUCGGGAAGCCUAAUAUGGCUGGAUGUUUCUACAGCACAACAACACAGGAGCAGUUCUCACAUAAAGAAGUGGUUCGUCCCAAAACACCAGUAUAUCCACCUAGUCAUGUGUUGUUUGAGCAAGAGCCUGAUCAGCUGCUUACAACCAUGCAAAAUGAUUUUAUCCCGCUAAACUCUAGAAGACAGGAGCUGAGCCCUGGCCAGCUUCAGCAGGUUAAAGAAAGCCAUAUCAGGCCCCGGAACAGCAAUCAUGACUUCCGAACAACCCACAAUGAAGCUUUUGUACCCAUGCCUUAUUGCAAGGCAUUUCUGGACAACCCACCCCUACAACACAUCAGCCAUAUGCCAUAUUGAUGUGGCAAAAUUAUUAUUAUUUAUUUAUUAUUAUUAUUAUUUUAACAUUUUGUUACUCAAGUGACUGUAAACAAAGUAUAGUAAGAUCAAGUCUAGUCAGGUUGGCUUUAUUGUCAUUUUAACAAUAUACAGCGUAAUACACAGUGAAGCAAAACAAUGUUCUUCCAGGACCAAGAUGCUAAUUCAAACAACAUAAAUUGACAACGUAACACAGGACUGUGCAUCACUAUUAAAAUUUAAGGAACAAAAUAGAAUGAGACAAACUAAAAUAAAAAAGUGCGGUUUGCACUGUAUAUUUAGUGCAAACAAGACAGGACAGAGAAGACCAAGGGAGAACAAGGAAGAUAUACUGUUUAUUAAAGAAUUCUGGGAAAGAAUCAGCCAUUUACUUCUAUAGUAUUUAAUUUUUGUUUCUACGAUGGCUGUUUUUUCCCAUCAUUCUUCAAAAUAUUUUUCGUUCAACAGAAGGAGGAUGUUUAUAAAAGUUUAGAACAACUUGAGUGUGAGAAUAUGUCUUUUUUUUUGAGUGGGUGAACUGUCCCCUUAUCCAUAAUCAUCAAAAUCCAACCCAACUCCAUCAUAGCAUUAAUAAAUAAUAAUCUAAAUCAAGUUAAAAAAUGCUUUUUGAAGCUAUUUUAUAAUUGACUUUGUUUUAUUGCAUUUAAUGUGUAACAGA